GCUUCCUCGCCUUUUUCUCUUCCAUCUCCUCGCCUUCGCUGCUGCAUUCCAACGCCCCGACGGAAAAUAAAGGCCAAGAAGUGGUGCUAGUGGAGUAAAACCACGCGCCCGAGAGGAGAGGGACAGGUUGGUGGAAGACGCGCAUCCGGAAGGAGCGCACCAGGGGCUCCGGCGGUCAAUUCGGGCGGCGAGCGCGCCGCUUCACGCGGGCGGCAGCGGCGGCGGCGGCGCCGGAAUUGUGGCGGACGAAGCGGCUGCUUGGUGCGGCGGGAGCUUGCGGGUAGGGCAGUCUCGGUUGGUCAAGGGGCGAAGGUGUUGUUUGGGGCGUGGAUCUGGCCGGAGGCGCGCGAUGUGGAGGAGGGAUUAAGGCCGGAUUGGGGCAAAGGCGCGAUCUUGGGGGUUCCCAUGGGCGGAUGCUUCUCGCAGGAGGAGCACCGGCUCCAGAGCAGGCCAGCUGAAGCUGCUGGACCAGAUGGUUUGAAGAAGUCUAAAUCUGAUUCUAAAGCUAUAGCAAGUGUUCUUGCUCCUCCAAAAGAUGUUGUGGACUUACAAGUAGAAGGAUAUGGAAAUGUUAAUAUUUUCACAUACAAUGAACUGAGGGCAGCCACAAAAAACUUCCGGCCAGACCAAAUUCUUGGAGAGGGUGGAUUUGGAGUUGUUUACAAAGGUGUUAUUGAUGAAAAUGUUAGAGCAGGUUUUCCAUCUAGACAGGUUGCUGUUAAAGAACUAAACCCAGAGGGCUUUCAGGGAGACAAGGAAUGGUUGGCCGAAGUUAACUAUCUUGGGCAAUUUAGUCAUCCAAAUCUAGUCGAACUGAUUGGCUAUUGCUGUGAGGGUUCACAUAGACUUCUUGUCUAUGAGUACAUGGCUUGUGGCAGCCUGGAAAAGCACCUUUUUCGCCGGGUUUGCCUUAAUAUGCCAUGGUCAACACGGAUGAAGAUUGCGCUGGGUGCCGCAAGAGGGCUUGAGUACCUUCAUGGAGCCGAGAGAUCCAUUAUCUAUCGGGAUUUCAAGACUUCAAACAUCUUAUUAGACGCGGACUACAAUGCCAAGCUUUCAGACUUUGGCCUCGCAAGAACAGGACCUAGUGGAGACCAAACCCAUGUGUCAACUCGGGUCAUGGGAACUUAUGGAUAUGCAGCUCCAGAAUAUGUGAUGACUGGCCAUCUGACGGCACGAAGUGAUGUUUACGGCUUCGGCGUCGUGCUUCUAGAGAUGAUUAUUGGAAGGAGGGCUGUGGACAAGACCCGGCCAACUCGUGAGCAUAACCUAGUUGAUUGGGCACGCCCUCUCCUUGUCCACAACCGGAAGCUGUUCAGGAUCAUUGAUCCAAGAAUGGAAGGGCAGUACUCCACCAAGGCUGCCAUUGAGGUGGCAAGCCUUGCAUACCGUUGCCUGAGUCAGAACCCCAAAGGGCGACCAACCAUGAGCCAAGUCGUUGAGACCUUUGAGGCGGUCCAGAACAUGCCUGAAUGCCAAGACAUACUCCUCCAGAACAGUAUCACAGGUGCUGUGACACUCUACGAGGUCCCGAAGGAGCCUGCAGAGAGUGUCGAGAAGGAGAAGGCCAAGCAGGAACCGGCAGUAAAGACUGCCGCUGUGCCACCUGUGAACGGAAAGCCAGUCCCCCAGAGCAGGCGGACACGGCCUGGGAAUGGCCGGAGCAAGAGCGAGCCGUCAUUGGAGUGCAAGAUGUACAUCCCGUCACCGGACUCCGACGGACAGCAGCUCGGCCUGGAGGCGCUUGCAUCCCCUUCCAGAGACGGAAGUAUACAGGACCCUCCUGAUGAGGAUUUGUACAAGAUAUAACAUCAGAUCAUUUUUUCCCCAAUGAUUUGAGCCAUCGUUGGUCAUCUUUUGCGCCGCCAUCCAUGUUCUCAAGAAGUCAGCCAGUGUUAUUUUUUCCCUAUGAUGGCCACGCUAGGGUUCUUGUUCUUCCGAUUAGCAAUUGUAUGUAGAUGAGAGUUGUGAUGGAAAGCAUGUAAUGUGAGUGCCUGCCAUGAUGACGCUGUAAAAACUUGAGACGGUUCUUUCUGGGAAAAUUUCCACACCAAAAAUGGAAGUGGAGAGAUGUGUCCUGACAGUCAGUGCCGUUGCCAGUGUAGUGUGUUCGACUUGUAAAGAUGCUUGUUCUACAUUAUAAACCUGAAGAAUAGUUCUACGGCAAAUCAACACCACCAGGGAAAUUGAGAAAUUAGUCAGUGCC